AUGAUGUUCGUACCGUUCACUGGAAUUGACAACCAUGUUAAAGAGGCAAUUCCAAGUAUUGAAGAAGAACCAGAAAGAGACUUUAAGAAGAGGUUUGACAAUAUAGUGUGGAAUAUGCACAUCGAACCACAUGUUUUUGAGGAACAGUGGGAUAAACUGAUGAGUGAUUUUUCGUUGAAGAAUGAUACAUGGUUCAAGUACAUGUUCCAAAUUAGAUCAAAAUGGAUACCUGCUUACUUCACAGAAACUCCAAUGUUCGGUCUGAUGAGAACAACCUCAAGGUCAGAAAACGAAAAUGCUUUUUUUCCACAUUUCACAAGACAAGGAGCAAAUUUGGUACACUUUAUGAGUGGCUUUGAAUCUGCAAUGUUGAAGCAAAGGUCAACACAAGAGAAGUUGGAUGCUGAUGACAUCAAAAAAAGCCGAACAUUGUGCACCAAACUGAAAAUUGAAAAGCAUGCUUCAAAAAUAUACACAAAAACAGUUUUCGAGAUUGUUCAGAAAGAGAUAGAUGCUUCGCUACACUACCUUCGUUACGGUCUCCUAUGCCGACAUUGUUUUGUGGGUCUAAACAACAAUAAUGUGGAAGAGAUACCUGCCCAAUACAUAAUGAGGCGAUGGACGAAAGGCAUCAUACCCCUAGAUUUGAGAUCGAGAAGAAACAGAUUCAACAAUGCAAAUAUGGGUACUCAAAAGCUGGUUACUGAUGUAACCUCGGUUGUUGAAGAUUGCUUGCAUCUACUUGUUAAUGAUGAAAAAAAGCUCACAGAAUUUCUGGAAAAAAUGAAAGACUUGAAGAAAAAAGUUGAGGAUGAAAUGCCAAAACAACCCUCAAAGAAAAAAGAUGACGUUAUAGAAAAAAUGAUGGGUGUUUCUAAGCCGGAUACAAAUAGAAUAAAAAACCCACCAGUUAGCUCAUACAAGGGGUGCUUCAGAGACAAACGUUUGAUGGGUGGAAAAGAAAAGGGGAUUAUAGAAAGAAACAAAAAAAAGAGUAACUGCAGCCUGUGUGGAGGGACAAAUCACAACAUGAGGACUUGUGGAAAAAAGAAACAAAAAGCGAAUUAG